AUGGCUUCCCCUAGCGUUCUCACAUUUAACGCUGUGGGUCGGGCUGUGCACUUUGAGGUCUGGGUAGAUGAUCUGCAGCUUUUUCUGCAGUGCGAUAGGGCAGACGGCCUCUCCCUGUUUGACCUCACUUCUGGUGCCUCCCCUGCCCGUGCUGCUGAUGUUGACGCCACUGUUCGCUCACAGUGGGCCACACGUGAUGGUGCUGCUCGCCUUGCUGUUUGCCGCCACUUACCGACCACUGAGCGUGUGCACUUUAGCCAGUACAAGAGUGCUCAGACCUUGUACGACGCUGUAGUUGCACGCUACUCUACCCCUGCCACUGCUGCACUGAGCCGCCUCAUGCUACCGUUCCUCUUCCCUGACCUUGCUGCCUUUCCCACUGUCGCUGACCUCAUAACGCACCUCCCCACUCUUGACACUCGCUACCACGCUGCGCUUCCUGCUGAGUUCUGCGCCAAGAACCCCCCCCUCAUGUACAUCACCCUCUACUACAUAGUCACCCGGCUCCCUGACUCUCUUCGCGUAGUCAGGGACCACUUCCUCUCUGUUUGCCCCACCACUCUCAACGUUGACCUCCUCGAGAAGGCCCUCCUAGCGAUAGAGAAGAGCAUAUUUGCUGUAGGAGCCUCUCGUGGUGACCCUCGCACCCCCGUCUUUGAGGGGUGUUCUCCCUCCCCCCUCUUGCCCUCUGUCGCCUCUGUUGCUGCGGCCGACCUCAUUGGUUUCGAAUCGGCCGGGCUGCGUCUGCCCCGAGUGGGAGACACCGCACCGGCAAGGGCAAGGGGGGCAAGGGCUCUGGAGGGGGUGGAGGGGGCGGUGGAGUUGGUGGUGGAGGCGUUGGAGGGAGUGGGGGUGGUGGUGGGAGUGGUGCCGGGGGUGGUGGCGGCGGCGGCGGCAGUGGAGGCGGCGGAGGCGGUGGAGGUGGCGGAGGGAGCGGAGGCGGCGGAGGUAGUGGAGGAGGUGGAGGUGGAGGAGGCGACGGAGGCGGCGCAGGCGGCGAAGGCGGCGGCGGAGGCGGCGGCGGUGGUGGUGGUGCCAGUCGUGACUCUGCACCGAGGAGUGGCUCCGGUGGUGGCCGGGGUUGCUAUCUUUGAUCUUGACUUUGAUGCUAUUCUUGCUGCCAUGUAUGCUGUUGCUGAUAGUGUUGAGGGUGCCUGUUACGUGUGUGUACCGCAUGACCCGGGCAUUGAGGCUGCUGCUCUAGGUGCUGGUGAGACUGCUGCUCUUGGUACUAGUGCGUCUGCAGCCCCAGGUGCUGGUGAGUGUGCUCUCUCAGGUACUGCUUCGGCUCAGGCCCUCCACACCUUCACCCUGGACUCGGGUGCGUCCCGCUCCUUCUUUCGAGACCGCACCACUCUUACGCCGCUUAGUCGGCCGGUUGCAAUCUCCCUGGCAGAUCCCUCUGGGGGUCUUGUCCUUGCUAGCUUCUCCACUGUCCUUCUGUGCCGUGCAGCCCCCUCUGGCACCCUGUCUGGUCUGUACCUCCCCUCGUUCUCUACGAACUUGGUCGACACCUGGCCACGUUCACCCGUCGGCCAGGGUUGA